AUGGACACUCCAAUAUUACCAACUAAACCACCAGUUUUAACUUCAUCUUCGUUGGCUGGAGCAAACAAUGUUUUGUUUAGCUUUGAAAAGAAUGAAUCAUCGUCAAAAUCCAAACCAAAACCAAAACCAAAGCCACAGGAACCACCAGUAGUGAAGCCAAAGACUUGUAAAACAUGCCAAAAGAAAGGUCACUCUUGGAAGGAAUGUCCCACCCCAGAUAUCAACAAGAAAUGUUCAAACUGCCAAAAGAUUGGACACACAUCCCAAAACUGUAAAUUCAUCAUUCUAAGCUUUGCCAAAUAUCAACCACCAAAACCAGAACCACGUCCACCAAGAAAUCAGAAUUCCACUGACAACAAAGAUCAACAACAAUCAAGAGAUCAAAAUAAAAGUAAAUAUAAAAAUAAUAAUAAUGAAAAUCAACAACCAGAGGAAUCAACAACUACAACAACAACAACAACAACCACCAAUGUUACAUCAGACAUUGUUGUUACAAAUGGAUCACCAAAACAAGAUUCAUCAGCAUCACCAAAGAAUUCAUCAUCACCAAAAUUAAAUUCCACCAAGCCAAAUUCAGUUCCACAACCUAUGGAUGUUUUAUCCCGACAGUUAUUCAUUGUAAAUCCAUCAUCUGGAUGGACAAUUCCAGACAACCUACCAGAAAUCGCCAGACAAUCGGCAGCGACCUCAGUAUGCCUGCCAGCCAUCAUCAAGGAUGGCAAACUCGAUAGCUCAGUCACAAAGUGUAUAAAGUCACUACAUGCCUAUGGAAUCCAAGCACCGCUCUCCUUUGAGAUCGACAACAGUGCACUGUUGGCAGAACAUCCAGAGUGGUGUGCAGCCGAUGAGUCGCAACCAACCAAAGUACUCUCUGUUGCCAACACAGAGUUCCAAGCUUAUUUCACCAAGCUUUUUGGUGAUUGUCUCAAACAAUUGAUUGAGUCAAAGAGUGACAUUGGACCGAUGGAUGGAUUCUACAUUGAAUUGCCAAUCAAUGAGGCAGAGGAUGAAUCAAUCAACAAUUUCAAACAGAAUCUCAUCUUUAUGAUCAAGGACAUCAACACAAUAGAUAAAACAAAGAAACAACCAGCCAACAAACCAAUUCACCAAAUUGUAUUUUUCACAUCAAAAAAACCAGAAAAGACAUCAAAUUUAUUUAAACUUUCAUACAAUUCAGAAAAUGAAUUUGCAAUUUCAUCAAGAUAUCAAUAUCAAAUUCCAGUUAUUGGUGAAAUCUCAAUGAAUUUAUUAAAUUCAAAUACAUUCAAAACCUAUGAUACUAUUUGGUUUGAAUGUACAACAUCUUUAAUUUUAUCAAAUCGUUUCUCAGUUAGAUUAAAUGCUUCACAACUUUCAAAUAAAUAUUGUUUACCAAUGGUGGAGAAACUUUUUAAAUCGAUGGUUGACAAAGAGAUAUAUUGUAAGAAUGCAAGGUUGAUAUGUGAUGUCGGUGUAAUUACCACUGGUAUAACUUCACAGUCGCUACUGAAUUCAUUGACUUGUUUGUUGGAAGAGUUUAACUAUCAAUACAAUUUCAUUCAACAACCCAUCAAUACAAUGGAUUUCACCGAACUCUCGAGAUAUCGUUUGUUGAUUCUCGCCGAUCAGCCAUGUCUUUCUGGCGAUGCAUGGGUAACCCUCCAGAAAUUCGUUAGCCAAGGUGGAUCUAUUCUUGUUACUGGCGAUGCAGCACUCGAUAGUUUGACCUCCAACUUUUCAAUUUCAACUGCCGGCAUCAAAUACACCAAGCAAUCGGAUUUGCCAACUACCGAUUCACUCAGUGUCGUUGAGAAGAAAAACAAAUCGCAAUCGAUUCAAGACUCUAAUUUCAACUUGUCGAUGCUACAACUCACUGGAAGAAACGGUAUGGUUGAAUCGACCUCCAACGACACCGUUUCACUCUUGAAUAUUUCUGCUGCUGACAUUGAGGAGUCUGCUGCCAUUUUAUACUCCAAUGCCCAACGUACUAUCUACUGUGCACAUCCAUUGUUCACACAAUAUUGGCAACAGGGAGACCGUGCUAUUUGUGAUAUUUUCAGAUCGAUGAUGCGUAUCCUUCUGCCGGAUCCAGUGGUAAAUCUUGGAGUACAGCCAAUCCGUAGUUUGAGUGCAUUUGUGACACACCAGCAGCUUGCACGCACCAAGACGGUCGAUGGAUACAACCGAUACAUUGUACAUCUUUUGAAUGCCGAUUCUUUCACCAUUGGAAAUAAUAAUCAAUGUCAUGAAGUUGCCAAAGACAUCAAACACCUCUCGCUCACAGUAAAUCUUCCAAAAGAUCAGAGUGUCGACAGUGUUGUAGCUGCAGGUGACAUUGACAAGGAGAUCAAACACAAAGUCAAAGGAAAUCAAUUAACCAUUGAAAUUUCAACUUUGACCAAGCAUUCAAUAAUUGUUAUUAAUUUCAAACAAUAA